UUCGCUGUUUUGGAGCAGCUAGCUAAGGCUGGUAUGAUUGUAAUUGGUUUUAGUAAGAAUGAGAAAAUUUUGGAAAAAGUUACGGAAAAAUUAAAUCCUAUAAUUGCGAACUUUUCUGGCAAAGUGGUUUUGUGUCAAUGUAAUAUAUCGGAUACGAAGCAACUGGAAGCAGCCUUUGAAAAAAUUAAUGACACGUAUGAAGGAGUGGAUGUGCUGAUAAACAAUGCUUAUUGUGACAUCGAUUGUUUAGUAAACGAGGGUGAAUCAAAAGAUUUUAAGGAAAUUAUUGACGUGAACAUUAACGCAUUGGUUGCUUGUACGAGACUUGCCGCUGGACCCAUGAUAGCAAGGAAAAUUAGAGGCCACAUUAUAAACAUGAAUGACUUAGCCUCAUACCAGAUACCAAUAGAAUCGAAGAAAACUGUGUACAUAGCUACAAAAGCAGCUGUAACAUCUGUGAAUGAAAUACUCCGACAUGAAUUUCGUUAUUUGAAGGCCAACAUUAAAGUGACGAAUAUAGCUUGUGGGAAGCUAGAAGGGAUGUCAGAUCCAGUACCCGAGGAGCCGAGCCUGCGAGUGAGAGAUAUUGCUAAGCUGGUGAAACUGAUAUUGAACACUCCAGAGCAACUGCAAGUUCAUGAAGUGUUGUUAGAUUCCGUGGUCGAAUAA